CCGUGUACGGAAGCGCCCUCUUAAAUCAAUAAAAAAACUGUGCCAUAAGAGAAGAACGACCGUUACAUAUCCGUUGCUACACUAGACGAAGAGGUACUCUCUUAAUAGUUUUUCUAAUAUAAACUAAGAAAAUGGGUUUGCCGAAAGUAUAUUUCGACAUAACCGCAGACAAAAAGCCUGUUGGUCGUGUAGUUAUGGAAUUACGAGCAGAUAUUGUACCAAAAACAGCUGAGAAUUUCCGUGCUCUUUGUACUGGAGAGAGAGGCUUUGGAUAUAAAGGUAGUACCUUUCAUCGUGUAAUACCUAACUUCAUGUGCCAAGGAGGAGAUUUUACAAACCACGAUGGCACCGGUGGUAAAUCAAUUUAUGGUGAAAAAUUCGAGGAUGAAAAUUUUGAACUUAAGCACCUCGAUUCCGGAUUACUUUCCAUGGCUAAUUCUGGACCGAAUACCAAUGGAUCACAAUUCUUCAUAACGACUGCUAGAACUACUUGGUUAGACGAUAAGCACGUAGUCUUUGGAUCUGUUAUCGAAGGUAUGGAUGUAAUCAAGAGAGUCGAAAGUUUUGGUAGCCAAACCGGCAAGACUCGUCAGAAAAUAAUAAUUGCUGAUUGCGGUCAACUUUAAAUGACUUCCUUUUACUUACGUUCCAAUAAAUAUUAAAUAAUACUUUUCACUUUACUGUUUGACCAUCAUUUAUACCAGAUCUACAUUUAAUCAUAUUCUCUUUUGAGAAUCAUUGUCACCGUUUGACAUUCUAAUAAGAAUAUUAACACCAAACUAUGCGUGAUAAAUGAGCACUUCUCUCCUUUUAAUAUCUAAUAAUAUCUUUCUUUAAUGUUCUCUUUAUUAUGUAAAAGAUAAAUAUUAUACCAUAUAUAUAUAUAUAUUAUAUAUUUACACUUCCAUGUGUGUGUGUGUAUAUAUGUAUAUAUAUAUACACAUCUUUUUGUGUACUUAUUGUUAGCGAAACAUUACUAACAAGUAUACGUUUGAAUAAAAUAGAAAAGGAAUUACUUAAUAAAAAAUACAUGCAGAUUCAUGUUAAUCCAAAAAUAACGAAUCGUAAUGUACUAAAUGGACAUGUUACAAAUAAUUGACUAGCACCAUCGAAUCGUUUGUAUUUAAUACAUACAUAUGUACAUUAAAUUACGUUGCCUUUGCAUAAGAAGCGUGCACGCGGAAAGGGAGACAGAAAGAAAGAAAGAAAGAAAGAAAUAAUCGCGCGCGCACACGAUAGUUAUCGUCAGUGUUUGCAUAUGGGUAAAUUGACGACGAAAAAGAUAUUAAGUUCUAUUACCGAUGCGAAUACUAAAAAUAUGGCGUAUGUUAUAAGACAUGUUAUACCUAUACCACGAUUUAAUUUAAAUUUGUUACACGCGAGUGAGACGUAUAAGACGAAUAAAGUUGAGAACAAUGAUACAGAACUAUAAACGAGACCUUGUGAAUUAAUUUUAACGCUAUGUUCUCCGGGUAUAGUUGGCAUUAUGGCACUCUUCACGAACCAUGGUAAUCCUAAGCAAAGUAAGACGUCGAAUACGUUCGAACCUAUCGAAUUACUUAUUCCCAUGGAUCCGAGACCUUAAAUAAUAACAAACGAAAUAAUAAACAUAUUAUUAUUGGAUUAUAUUCGUAUCGUUAAUAAUAUAUCAAUAUAAAAUUUGAAUUAUCUUGAAACGUUAGUUAAUUACCUUGAUUUGUUACUAUAACGCUAGACACAGCUUCGGGCACGCUCAUUCCAGCAGCGAGGAAAGUCAAUCCCAUUAUCGAGUCAGGAAUGUUGAAUGUAUCACCUAUGGGUUAUAUGUAUGGAUUUUAAUUAAUAAACCUUAUUGAUCUUAAUCAUA